AAUCAGAUGAGACCGAUGACCUCUCUGUCUGGUCUUCUCCCCCAAAACAAUCCAGCCCAUAAACCUCACAGCUGCUAAUACAGAGAAACUGAGUGAUAUUUCAGUUAGUAAAUAUAUGCUAGAAUGUUGAUUUGUAUGAGAAUGAAAACACAGCUAUUCCACUGAACAGCCAGAAAUCAGAGCCGGCACACUUGAUAGAAUCACAAGAAUAUGGACAACUGGAGAAAAUAUUUGUGCGUGUUCCUCAUAUGUUUUAGAGUAACUGCGAACAAUAAAGAGAUUGAUAAACAUAGACGAAGUUGAUUCGAGUAACAAUUUUUUUAAUCACACUUAAAACAAGCACAAAUGUCAACCAGUUGUUUACGUAUGUGGUGUCAUCUGUGGAGCGCAUUCGCCGAAAAAAGACCGCUGGUAUCCAGAACAUCUGAGACAUGUAGCGAGAAGUGAGUCAUAAAGGCGUAGAAAGGAUGUUGGAAAUUGGUGCUUGACGUUUGUGCUAACAUUUGAAAUAUGGUGUUUGCUGUGUGAGGAAUACUUUCUCGAACGACACACCAAUAUCUAAAUCUGAGAGUUCAACCUACGCUAUGAGCUACGUUUCGCAUUUAGUGUGAAGGACGGUGAUGAUAUUUUGGACGUAAACAACAGCAGAUAAUGUAGUGGCUGUUUACAUUUGCCACGAAAACAUCAGCAUGGCAUAAUGGUAGAUCGAUGAGACAUAUUUGGGGCAGCCAGCUGAAGUAGUAACAAAUUGUUUGAGGUCUGCCGUUCUGUCACAAUGCCCCGAGCUCUCCCAGAUGGGCCUGGUGGCUCUUCCUUUGCCAACAAGCCAGCUCGAGGAUGGCCUCAUUCAGACCAGCAACUUUCCAAAGAAGGCAUAACAUAUGCUGUGAGAUACAUUGGCUGCCUUGAAAUACGCACCUCAAUGAAGAGCUUGGAUUUUGAAACAAGGUCUCAAGUAGCGAAGGAAUGCAUUAAUAGAGUAUGUGAAGCUGCUGGCCUGAAAACUGUUGACAAAAAAAGAAAGGUUGAGAAAAGAGUACAAAGAGCAAUCGCAGAACAUCCAGUAAUGGACUAUGCUGGCUCCAAUGUGAAUCUAACUGUGUCCAGUUCACGUCUAGUGCUAACUCUCCUAGAAACAGGGCGCAUUAUUGCUGCACAUGAUAUGCCACGAAUUUCUUUUGCAUCUGGUGGUGACACGGACACAUUAGAUUUUGUAGCGUAUGUUGCAAAAGAUGCCAAUGACUGGCGUGCCUGUUACGUGCUGGAAUGUGGUGGAGGACUGGCUCAGGAUGUAAUCAUCACAGUAGGGCAGGCCUUCCAGAUGAGGUAUAAGGAGUUCUUAACGCUUCCCACCACAGCAUUGUCAGCAUCACUUAUAUCUGGUGGCGUUGUGGGUGCAGACCGAGAAUAUUAUAAUGAUCUGCCAGGCAAGGUACCACCAGAACUAGGGCCACCACCACCUGUUCCCCCAAUGCCAGCUGGAAUGCAGCGAGAGACCCGUACAGUUACAGCCGUUGGCAGUGGUACAAACAAUGUGUUCCCAUCAACCACAGACCGAUCGACAAGCAGAGAUGGUGUGACCAGUAACCUGAUUGAUCUGAGCACAGAAGCACCUCCUCCACCACCAAUGCCUAUGCCACGUAGGGAACAUGAAUAUGUUAAUGAUGUCAUCACAAGGGAUGUUUUUGACAUGCAACCAUUUGCAACAGAAGUGGAGGGCAUUGGUCAGAGAGCUCAGUUGCAGCGUGAAGCAUGGUUUCAUGGACCUGUAAGUCGACAGCGUGCUGAAGCACUUCUUACUCAUGAUGGUGACUUCCUGGUCCGAGAGUCUCAGGGAUCUCCUGGGCAGUAUGUUCUCACUGGAAUGCAAGGUGGUGUAAAGAAGCAUCUGCUUCUUGUAGAUCCAGAAGGAGUGGUUCGCACUAAGGAUCGGAUGUUCGAAAGUGUUAGUCAUCUCAUAAAUUACCAUUGUCACAAUAAGCUCCCUAUCAUAUCAGCGGAAAGUGCACUUGUGCUGCGUCGUCCUGUUUGCAAGUGAAGCAGGUUUGUCAUUUUCUUUUUGCUCGUAAAUGUUCAGACAGUUGUUAUUUUCAGAUGUGUAUGGAAAUUAUUGAUUUUUCUGUUUGUGUUUGCUCUGUUGUAUAUUUUGUGGUGCCGUGCAGCUUUUGCUGUCUUUUGUGUACUAUUAUUAGAUGAUUAAUAAGUUAACUGUAUAUGAUAUCGCAUUUUCCUAUUAUAUAGGUUUAAUGAUACGUAUCAAAAUGCACCAGUUGUUUAGUUUUCACUAUGGUUUCACGCAUGACCUGAUUACCUGCUCUUCAUAAAAUUAUAGUUCAGGUGCAUAUAGUUUGAACAGAAAAAGCCAUUUUAUUGUAUUCUGGGAGUGACAUUCUCAAGUAAAGGGAGCAAAUUAUAUGCUGUAUUAUGAGAGAACAUUACUGUUUUUCCAAGGAACAUAUUUUGUAAGCCAUGAAUAUUUAAAAGUGUUGCUAUGUAUGUCAUUUUAUUUUAUUUACUUUUCUAUAAAGAGUGUAUCAUAUUUUUAAGACAACUGCAUUAUUGUGUGUGCUCAUUGGUGCCAGUUGGUUCUUACAGCUAUAUUUCAAAAGUAGUAGUAGUAAUGUUUCGAAGUACCCUUUCUUAUUUUACGGUGGAUGGUUCCUAUAAGGGACUAAACAUCAGCAACCUUGAUAAGUAUAUACUGUGCCAUUUACUUUAACUGUAUCAUGUAAUUGUAUGUGCUAUGUAACUAAAUGUGGUGACUGUAAUUGUUUGUGAUCUGAAUAAGAAAAUGAGACAUCAGCUGAUGCACCUUGUUAGGUGUGAAGAGCAAGGUAGUUAAACUGAGUACAAAACAAUACAAAGGGUGUGGAUCUCUGGUUAUGAUACUGGUAUCAUUUACUGUAGUCACUUUCCAUUGUAUGUGUAAAUCAUUAUGGUUGCAGUAAAUGAAAGAAAUGUGAUCGUAUCACCGUGAUCAUCAUCAUAGACAAAAUUUUUGUUCAAUUGUCUCUUUCUUUUUCCUCUUCCCUAUACAUUUGUAUUUUUGAAGUGCACAAUUUUGGGAAAAAAUAAACUUAAUUACUGCCAGUCCUAGUAGAAUUUUAGUUGAAGAAAGCAGUUAUAAAUUGUAAGACAGUUGCAUGAAAUAUGCAUUGAAAGCCUUUUGCAAAGUAGUAAAACCAAGAUCUCCCGUAACAGUUAUUUCUAUGUAAUUGAUAAUGGAUUUACUAUAGACUGUACCUGUGAUAAGAACACUUAUAAACCACUGUGACAUGGAAGAUAUGUUGUGCUACUUUACCUUUACAGACAUAUUUGUCAGUUUGAAGUGUCUUGGUUUAGCAUUGGAAUUGUAUGUGAUAUAAACUGUGAUAAAUUUUAUGGUGUUUCAUAAUGUGGCAACAGCAAUUACACAUCACAUUAAACAGUGCUAGAAUAUCAUUUUUUAUUUCUCUCUCGUACCAUACUGGUGUGUUUCACCCAAUUUACCAGCUAACUUUUCUGUUUAAUUGUUGAAUAUUCCUAUGUCCUGUAACUCACUCAAGUUUUCUUCCUCAGUCUGAAAGCCAUUGUUUCUGAAAACAUUUGCUCAUGAAUAUUAGUCUGCUGCCACUCAGUAAGUAGCACUUUUUUAAAUCUGUUAGUGAAAUUUCACAGAAAAAAUUGUAGUACUAUUUCAAAAUCUACAAAAGCUAUCAAUAAAUGAGAGUAAAAUGAUCCAAAAAUUUGACCUGAAAUGCAUUAUUGUUUAUGUGUUAGCUUAUGGAAAUAUGUACUGAAAGAUCAUUGAUAAGUUUGUAAUAUAUGCUUGCAGAAUACAGGCAAGAAAAUAUCGCAAGAAUAGUUUUCAGGGUUGCCACAGGUUCAAAUUUCAAACAUAUGGGGAAUUUCAAACAUAUUAGGGAAAUAUCAGGGAAAUUUGGGGGAAAAAACUGGAAAAAUCUCAUUUUUGUAUCAGUAAAUGAAAUGGUUUGUUUACCGAGGUUUCAUCCAUUGUUCUGGGAGGAUGCAGCUGAGUACAUGCACUGCUUCCCUGCUCCCUCACUCCUACAGCUUCUCCCCUUCCUACCACUCCUCUCAGCUUGCAGUCAGUGCUGUUACCACUUCUUGCCGCUAGCCUAACAGCUGCCGACAAGAAACAAGGAGAGAUGAGUGGUUUGUUUGGCUCUGAUUUUUAGAGACUGUUGAUGUAGCAGCUGGAGGCAGCACUCAUGUGCAUGACUUGUGUCUGAGUGAGUGUGUGAAUGUGUAUGCGCGCUCCCAUUUUCUAAUAAAAGAUAUGGCUGAAAAUUUAGCUGUGAGUGUGAUUGUCUUUUCUACUUGCCUUCUAUGGCUCAGCAAUCACCUUUACAGUGAGUUGCUACCUAUCCUCAUUAUUGUUGAUUCUCAGAGUAUUUGAACAAGUUAUCUGUUGCACGGAUUGAUCACCAUGGUCUCAUUUCAUCAACAUGUUGUCUGUCGCUCUUGAAUACCUGACCACACAAGUGGAUUUCCAUGGCGGUCCAAAGCGGCAGGUCGUUUCUGUGGGUAUCUGUAAUGGAUCAGGCCUGUUGAUCUGAAGCCAUUGAGUCCUCGCUUAUGUGGAGGCUCUGCCCAUCGGAUCUAGUCUCACCUAUGUGGCCGCAGACCAGGGCUGUUUGUGUAUGGAAUAAUACAGUAGAUUUUCAUGGUUUAUCCAUGGACCCUUGGACAGCAGUGCUCCUCAGCAGGCUAGAGACCAUGGGCGAUGCAGUUCAGAAAUUGCAACUAUCUCACCGCAAGCAUGUUGUGCAGUGUGGCAUUUUAUAGACAGUUUAUUUGUUUUAGUACAUUUUGGCAUUUCAAAAGUAGUUUGUGUUAGAAAGGAUAGAAAGAUAGGAAGAAGAAAAUUGUCAGUCACUGGCAGUUUGUACACUAUGUACUCGUAUAUUUCUCGAAAGAACAAUUUGCACAAUACCUGUAAAAUAAUAGACACAACACAGUAGGUAAUAACCAACAGUAACAAACAUAGUAAAACCAGCAUUUUAUUAGCGGUCACCUACUGUGUUGGUUUACACAAUUCUUCCCCAUCUUAUUCACUUCUUUCAAGAGGCCUACUUUUUUCUGAACUCCAAGGAAAUGCUUAUCUUUGGUCAUCAAAUGUGUUUUGUUUUAUUGAAAUAAAAUAAUUUCAGUGGUCUUAAUGGAACACAGGUGCCAUUUGGCUUGCUUUUUCCAUCUAAAAACAGUUCAUUACAAAAGACGUUUCUGUUAGCACUUAAGAUUUUUGCUAAAAUCCGAAAAAAGCCCUCUGCUUGCAAGUUUAUUUUAGAUUCUCAUUGUUUCUUGUACCAUAGCUGCAAAAACAGGUUGGCAGCUUACAUCUUAACUGACCUGAUAUCUCAAAAUUCAGGGGAAAAUAUUAAAAUAUUAGGGAAGGAGGGAUAUAGGGAAUUUCACCUGGGGAAACUUGUGGCAACCCUGGUUUUGGAAUUAAAGCCCCACCAAACAACUUAUGUGCUUUAUAGAGCAUCAGUGCACUUUGUAAUUACUUGGUGCACAGUAUCUCAGUAAUUGUUCCUUCCUCAUCUGCAUUCUUUCCUAGAAAAGUAGAAUAAUAAAUAUUGUGAAGUCUUACCCUGGUGCAGUUGCAUCUGACCUGUAUACACAAAUUUAUCUCUACAUUACCCACAGAUGUAACGUUUUUGUGAUAUUAUGCAUUGACAAAUACAAAACCAAAAUACAUAUUUUAAAUGUUUCAUAGACCACGAAGGAAUGUUAAGAAAGCAUGAUUAUUUUGUUUAAUUUAAUCUGUAUUAUAUAUGUUAUCAGAUUAAGAGACAUCAUAAAAUUUAAGCAGCUCUCAUAAGAGGAGACUGUUAAAUAUCCUGUAUGGCAGAUUUAUGAAAUAGACGUAAAGUUAUUUCAUACCACAGAUUGUAAUACUUUAUUACAUUUGAGAUGUACAUUUCAUUAUUUUGUAAUAAAAUUUAAACAUAUCA